AUGGAAGAUAACGAUACGUACAACCAGGAUAAUGUCACAAUGGUAUUUCCUGAUAUUACCAUGUUUGAGUUCAUUACAGAAGGCGUGGUCUUGACAGUUCUUGGCGUUAUGGGUAUUUUAGGAAAUAUUAUAUCCCUGAUUAUCCUUUCAAAACCUGAAAUGAGAGCUUCAGUUAACUGCGGUCUCCAAGGACUUGCAUUCUUUGACACCAUCGUGUUAAUUUCAUCAGUAACUAUGCUAGGGUUGCACAAACUCGGAUACAAAAUGUUCAUACUCUACCGGUAUACGUUCGAAAUAUUUCCAUUCGUUGUGAUGGUUGCUUACCCUAUUGGUCUCAUCGCUCAAACUGGUUCAGUCUGGACAACCGUUGGUGUAACAGUCGAGAGAUACGUUGCUGUGUGUCAUCCACUCAAAGCCCGCUUCCUGUGCACGUACAGAAGAGCUAGGGUUUUCAAUAUCCUAAUCGUAGUUUUCGCUGUCUGCUACAACAUUCCACGCUUUUGGGAAAUAGAUGUGCGCGAAGUGCUUGACCCAUAUACGAAUACCAGCGGUUACGUGGCAAGGCCGAGUGAGUUUCGCAUGAAUAAGCUUUAUUAUAAAGUGUAUUAUAUAUGGUUGUACUUAUUUGUGAUGUACUUUAUACCAUUUCUGACAUUAGCUGUGCUGAAUAUAUUCAUAUGGAAAGCUGUACAGCAUGCCAAUAAGGACAGACAGAGACUUACUAGACGGGAAGAAAAAGAAAUAGGACUUGCUAUGAUGCUUAUUUGUGUUGUUGCUAUUUUCUUCGUGUGCAAUAUCCUCGCUUUGCUGAUAAACAUUCUGGAGUGUUUUGACAUCGUGAUUCCAGCACUUGUGCGUGUGUCCAACCUACUAGUCACAUUCAACUCUUCUAUAAACUUCGUUAUUUAUUGCAUAUUCGGCCAAAAGUUCAAGAAAAUGUUUCUUCACAUGUUUUGUGGAUUUCGUCGUUCUAAAAACCAAAGUUUUACUAGUACGCUGCAAGUAACUCAUACCGAGACUUUGCGUAGUGUUGCACCCACGACCUCAAGAGCUAAGUCGCUGACCUCAAAUGGUAAUUCUCAGUCAAGUAUUUUGUAA